AUGGCAACAUCCGACAAUGAGAAUCUCACUUUCUACCCCGCGUUCUGCUUCAAAGCAUCGCCAACGCACUUUACCUGGGUGAAAAUGGGUGCAGCCGAUGUGCACCGUCUCCAAAGAUCGAGUAACUUUUUUGGCCAAAACUUGUUUUUCUACAAUAACCACCCAAUCCAGUUCGUCAGCCUAGUAGGCGUGAUAGUUGCACGAACUGAGAUCACGCGGCGCACACUCUUAACACUAGACGACAGCAGCGGCGCAACCAUCGACAUAGCCGUCAUGCAAAAGACCGCGCCAAAGGACGCAAAAAAAGACGAAGAAAUCCAGGAAGACAUCACAGAUCAAAAGCCAGAUCCAGAACUUCCUGCGUGGAUCGGAUUCUCCCUCACAGCGCCAACAACUGGCUUCACAAAAAUUGUACAUAUCACUUCAAAAGAUCGCGACGAGAUUGAUAUCUCUGCUCUCCAGCCUGGAACAGUGGUUCGGAUAAAGGGGACUUUAUCAAUGUUCCGCUCGCGCAUGCAGUUGAAUCUGGAGAGGUUUUGGUUGGUUGGUGAUACGAAUGCUGAAAUGCGGUUCUUGGAUGACCGGUUGCGGUUUUUGAUUGAGGUGCUGUCUGUGCCGUGGGUGCUGAGUGAUGAGGAGGUUGAGGCGCUGCGUCUGGAUGCUGAGAGGGGGGAUGAGCGCUUGUUGGAGGAUAAGAGGCGGGCGGAGAGGGUGGCGCGGAAAAGGGUUGAGCGGGAGGAAAGGCAUGCUAGGGCUAUUGCGCAUCGAUAUGAGCGUGAGGAGAAAGAGAGGGAGAAGGAGCUUAGAGCUUUGCGGGAGGAUGGGGAGAGAGUUAUGAGGAAGUUCGGGUUUGGGUAG